AUGCGGUGGCCCCGCGGCCCCCGCGGUGCCUGGCGGCUACUGCCUCGGCGCUCGCUGCUGGCCGUGCUCUUCCUUUUCUCGCUGUCCUCUUCCUUCCUCUAUUUCGUCUAUGUGGCGCCGGGCAUCGUGAACACCUACCUCUUCAUGAUGCAAGCCCAAGGUAUCAUGAUUCGUGAAAACAUGAGAACAAUAGGAGCUCAGGUGUAUGAGCAGGUGGUCCGCAGUGCCUAUGCCAAGAGGAACAGCAGUGUGAAUGACUCAGAUUAUCCUCUUGACUUGAAUCACAAUGAAACCUUUCUGCAAGCUACAACUUUUCUUCCUGAAGAUUUUACGUACUUCCCCAACCACACCUGUCCUGAGAGGCUCCCUUCUAUGAAGGGCCCCAUUGAUGUAAAUAUGAGCGAGAUUACGAUGGAGGACAUCCACCAGUUCUUCUCCAAAGACCCUUCCAUCAAGCUGGGAGGCCACUGGAAGCCGAGCGACUGCCUGCCUCGCUGGAAGGUGGCGAUCCUGAUCCCAUUCCGCAAUCGCUAUGAGCAUCUUCCAGUCCUUUUCAGGCACCUUAUUCCAAUGCUGCAGCGUCAGCGUUUACAGUUUGCGUUUUAUGUCGUGGAACAAGCUGGUACUCAGCCCUUCAAUCGUGCCAUGCUCUUCAAUGUUGGCUUUCGGGAAGCGAUGAAGGACUUGGACUGGGACUGUCUCAUUUUCCAUGAUGUGGACCACAUACCUGAAAAUGACCGCAACUAUUACGGGUGUGGACAGAUGCCGAGACACUUUGCUGCCAAACUGGACAAGUACAUGUACCUGCUUCCCUAUAAUGAGUUCUUCGGUGGGGUGAGCGGUCUGACUGUUGAGCAGUUCUGGAAGAUCAAUGGUUUCCCCAAUGCCUUCUGGGGCUGGGGCGGCGAGGAUGACGACUUAUGGAACAGAGUGCAGUAUGCAGGCUAUUCAGUGACUCGACCAGAAGGAGACACAGGGAGAUACAAAUCAAUUCCCCACCAUCAUCGAGGAGAAGUGCAGUUCCUAGGAAGGUAUGCCUUGCUGAGGAAGUCAAAAGAAAGGCAAGCUCUGGAUGGCCUCAAUAAUUUGAACUACUUUCCUAAUGUCACAUAUGAUGCCUUGUAUAAGAACAUCACUGUCAACCUGACACCAGAGCUGGCUCUGGUAACUGAAUAUUAAGUGGAGAAAAUAACUUUGUUCUGCCCUUCAACAAGAGAACAUCACACCUGACUUUCUUUUCCAAGGGUUGUUGAGGACAAAAUACUUUGUCUAAUGAAGGAUCACAGUAUUUUGGAAUAUAAGGCUGAAAGUGUGUGCACAGAUUGUCCCAGCUGGCCCAGCCCUACCCGGUCCUCAUGUGCUGAGCUCCACAGGCUUUUUUGUUCCCUGUCAUUUGCUUUCUGGGUUUCAGGACAGCUGUUGGAGCCGCUGCUCUCAUCUUCACAUUCCUCCAGCAAUCCUCAGCUCCGGGCUCAAUUAGGGCACGUUCUUUCCUCUGGCAAGUGUUGGGAGCAAUGCAGUUGGAACUGCCCUGGUGGGAGACCAGACAACUUCUGGUACCAUUCUUCUACGUUUGUGCUGUGUUUUUUUUUUUUUUUUUAAAUGACCUGCUUAAAGUAUACACAUCAGAAUCGCUUCUUAAAGAAGUGUAAAUGUAAAUAUGCUGUGUAAAUUGCCCAUUUUUAUUAUCUUCUAAGGUUUGAAUCCAAGCUAGAGGUUUACAUAAGGUCACUCACUCAUCUUAGUCCUGAGUUCUGUACGCACUUGUGUGUGCAUUACUGUAUGUGUGCAAGUUGUUCCCUACUCCACCAGUGAGAAUGCUUGCAUGAUUUAAUCUAUGCAUAUGCAUUAAUAUUUGUGGGACAGAGCCCUCAGCAUUAAAAGCAGCAGGUAAGAAAUACAACUAUGUUGUCACUCCUUACAGAAAUCAUGGAGGUGGCUCCUUCUGGGAAGAGAAAAUAAUAUUUCUAUCAUGUUUGUGACAUACUGUGCAGAUCAGUGUGAAGCUGGAUGGGAUGGGAUCCACCACCUGUUCUGCACAACACAAUGGCAGACAUGGCUCUGUGCUCCUGGGGGCUCACCUAGUCCCUGCCAUCCUCAUAUGGAGCAAAAGGGAUCUAAGGGUUGUUCUGUGGAAGAGAAUUAGGUAAGCCGUGAGUGAACCCAGUGAUGUGGUUGCCACUAUUGGCUACUUGAAAGCACUGGCAGGAGUGCAGCUGGUGGACAGGCUGUCUGCAGAUACCGGUACGGGAUAGAUGAAGGACACGUGAGUUCAGCUUAUGCAAGCUUGAUGACUAGGAACCUGACAGCUUGGUCUGGUGCCCCAUUCAGCCUCUGGAAUCCUCUGCCCCCAUCCUUGCUCUGCAGCAGACUGGGCUGUGACUGUCCCAUCCCCUUCUUGCCCUGAGUCAGUCUGUAGGUUACACAGCAUGUAUACAGUCAUUUUUACUGGACUUCCCCAACUUAAAGGUAAAUAUAUUGGGGGUUGUGUUUUAAAUUAUAUUUAUACAAAGCACUUGUGAGUAUUUAAUCUCAGAAGUACUUUAACUUACUGCAUUGUUUACCUUAGUUUUCCUUCCUGUUCAUAGUUUACAUUCUUUUCUUGGACGUGUGAUCCCCACAUGCAUCUGUUGUGGGAGUGACUGCCCAGAGCAUUCCUAACCUGUAUCUGGAAAAUGAGGGUUAGAAAACAGUUCUGGUGUUGCAGAUCUAACUGGCCAGCAUGAGAGGACAGCGAGCCUGCCCUUGAAAAGUGCCGAUAGUUUGGAACCUUAGGUUUAAAUCCUUUGAAUUUACAUGUGCUUUAAAGUCACUUCCUAAGGGGAUUCAGCGUGGUUAUUUAUAGGCAGAGGUGAGGAUUUGCUUUUUAUGACACAUAUAGCAAUAAAGACUUCCAUUUCUGAAUCUUGAUCUCUAAUUCACAUGAUCCUUUUCAGAUGGUAAACCUGUGUUGCCCUAACCCUCAUUUCUUUAAUCUUGAGAUGUUGCUAGAAAUUUCUUUGUUUAAUGGUGCUUCAAACAAGGAAUGUAUUUCAACUUGUCUACGUUCACUACUGCAGGAAAUCAUGCGUGUGUGUGAGUAGGUGUUUAACUACCUUUGUUUGAAUCCUCAGCCUUUGAAGUGUAUCUGACCUCCAUUGCACCUUGUGUUGAACAAAGUGAGAUGUUACCUCUGCUCAGAAAUGCACUGUACAGUUGGCAUAAGAGUCCAUUUCACCUUUAGCAACAUCCUGUUCAUAGUUUUUGUUCUAAUUAUAUUGAAUUUCUCCCUUUUUAAAAUGUGGAAUACCUUAAAAUGUGCACUGUUAAUCUUAUUAGAUAUGUCAGAUACUUUAUAGUAAGUGUAACUGUUAAAAACAUACUGUCAAGCACAUGUGCUGUUAUGAUGUAGAAAUUCUCAUAUCAAGGAGAACUCGUACAUAUUACAGCUGAAAUCCAAUGAAGCUACUUGUUCGCCCUUUCCAUGUUACCACAGUAUCACAGUCCCAUGGAGGGCAGGACAUGUUCAAUGCUGACUUUAUUUUUAAUAAGCCAUAGGAGUUUAAUUUGGAAAAGUAUUUAUUUUUGAUUUGCUGUUAGUAAAUUUGUAAAGCUCUGCUUGUCUAGGGAAGGUAACGUGUGAGCAACAGCCACAAGCUGAAGUUGCUCACCAGCGGAAGUGGCUUCAGACUAUAGUGUGUCUUUCCUGUCCUUGCUCUUGAGCUUAUUGAGCUUACUGUUACGUUUUUAAGAGGUGCCGGGGGACAUUUUUUGCACUGAAGACUAAGUGUUUUAAAACACACACACACACACUUCUCAACAAAGCAAUCCUUUAUGUUAUUACAUUUAUUUACCCAUGUCUUUGUACAUUUUUGUAUUUGUUAAUUUAUG